AUGAAUGACGAGACUGGCGUCCAGAUCGUGGGCGCCAGGUCUAAGCGAACACAUCAGGAAAUGUCGCACGAACCAAACGAAGGAUCUUCAAGAUCCUGGUUUGGUCACUUCCGUCCCAGACCCGAGAUGGCCAAUGCUCGCCCUUCUCGGUUGCCAUACAUCCGAGCCUCGCGCGAUGGAGAUGAGCUUAGGAGCCCUGUCCCCAGGCCAGCGCAGGAAGAAGCCGUCAUUGACCUUACAGAGGAGCCCGAAACACCCCCGCAACCUACCCUGCCUCGCGGCUCAGAAAGCCGAACCUCAAACCCCGGAAGACUACCGCGAUUCGGGAGGGAUAUCCUGGAAAACAUAGUUGAUCUUGAGGCGGAUGAGGAUGAGCCUCCUAGCAAUCCCACUGGAGGAACUUCUAGCAGCCCAGAGGUCCAGUUCGUCGGUUCCACAACUCGCCGCCACCCCCUUCCAUCCCGGGGAUUAGACCCUUUCUCCGCGCACCGGUCGAACCUCGCCCCACCGAAUCCCAGACGUCGUCCCAUGAACGCUAGUUUGGACGACAGUAUGUUUUCGUCAAUAUUUUCCUCGGUUCCAGGUCUACUCGGCCGGAGAAAUUUGGGCAGAUUCCCGCCUCCGGAGGUCGAGUCUCUUAUAUUCGGCUCGGAUUUACUUCCUGAAUCUCUCGAUGACCUGGGUCAGCUCAACUAUUCCAUGUCCUCAUUCCCCAUGGGUGCUCCAACGCAACAAGCACCCCCCAGUCGACGGAAUGAAUACAAGCCGCCGAGCCCGGCGCCAGAAGGUUUUACGCGGACACUUGGUGACGAUGACGUUGCUGUUUGCCCCAACUGCUACUGGGAAUUAGGUACCGGAGAAGGCAAGAAGCAAGAGAUUUGGGUUUCAAAACAGUGUGGACAUGUCUAUUGUGGCGAAUGCACCGACAACCGAUCUUUAUCGAAAGCUAAAAAGUCACAAGGCUCUCCAAAGACAAAACCUUUCUCCAAGUGUCAGGUUCUCGACUGCGGCAAAUCUGUCAGCGCGCCGACCUCGAUGAUCCACAUCUACCUUUAA